CCGUGUGUCCUCUCGAGAGCUCCGAGCUAACUGAAUGGCGUUUCUAGACAUACCACGCAUACGUUUUCGGUCCGUUAUCCUGAUGCCGUAGUUGCGUGUGCCUGCAACUUGUUGUCCCUUGUCGGCCGACUGACUUCCUCAUCAGGGACAAGCUUCUGGUACUUCCUCAGAGGCAUUGUCCGCGUGAUUGAUCCAGCAACUGUAUGCCACAUCCCGAGCAAAUGGAAUCAGAGAUGUUGAGCGAUUGGCUGACACCCCACAGGUGUGUGGCUGGUUUCGUCCUCCGAUUCAAGGAGCGGUAGAACCUAAUGGUGUGUUGUUGCUGCGUUGGUCUAUUGCAUGUGUGACGCUGACCGCUUAGAUCUGGAACUCUAUACCACGCGAACAGACGCCUUCUGCCUUUUGGCACUGGCAGCUAUCCUCCUGGCCGUUUCUGAUGCUGUGCCAUUGCCGGCUGGUCUGACGGGUUCGUCCUUGUCUGAUUAUGCACCAGUGACUUACAAGAAGCCUUAUGCGAGAGCGGUGGUGCUCAUCACUAUCCUCCACCACGUGGCUACAGGAUUUGGUGCUUGGUCUCACUGGAGAUACGCGUCGCACCAUACUGUUGCCAUGGAUAUCGGUGUGUAUGGAAACAUUGGAUUGGUGGUAUUGGGUCUCGCGGCUCUUGCAUACGGGCUCGAAGAUCGAAGCGGCGUCAAGGAACAGCUCAAGAAAGCUUGAGGACUUCGUCGCGCGUGGUCGACGUUGUACCUGGAAGAGGUAUGUCUGAUAGAUGGUCGAGUAUAAUGUAGUAUGCAGGAUUCAUGGAUUCGUGCCCUUCAAGGGCGAGACUGGAUUCCCAGAUAGAGCCUCGAAGAAAGGUCGUUGUAGAUGUCGUGCUGUCGCACUCAUAGCAUCCCGGUCUCACCCGUGCAACAUCGCGGCGCGGUCACAGUAUUGAAAGUCGAGUGUGUGGUCCAUCCGAACACCCUCAUAUUAUACCGAUUUUUCAGCCAUAACUCUCCAGCUCAAUCUUCGUAAUGUAUUGUCCAGGCACCACCACAAGACCAACGAAUCUCUUCUUCAUGUCCAGCUUGAGCUUGCCAUCACUGCCCAUCUGUUCAUGUUCCAUCGCGGCACGUUGAAGGUCAGAUUCGGAAGGAUGACGGUACUCGUGGGUCAUCGCGAGAAUGAGGUUGCGUUCGUUGUCUGUGCACUUCAUUUGGCCGACAAACAUGCGGCCGUCGGAGGUGUGGACGUGCAGCGUUCGAUUGAGCAUUUGCGUGAGGUAUGCGCGCGGGUCUUCGAUUUCGUCGGCCAUGCUGCUUGCCAAUGCCUGGGCAUGCAGGAUGUGUGUGGCCGAUGGGGCUGUCUUCAGAACAUUGAGUUUGAGGUCAG